CGGCGAGUCCUUAGCAUGUUUGAAGCUGAGAGACCAGCGACGGAACGGCCUGGCUGGAUUUUGUCUACUAAACCUCUUCCCUCCGAGACAUCGACCCAGAGAAGGAGAGAGAUGGCAUUGAUCCAUUUCUUCCUCCUAUUCCUUUCCGUAUUCCCUACUAGCCUUGCGGAUGGAGUCACGCCUGAGGAAGCAAGGGAGCUCCGGGACGAGGUUCGUGAAAUGUUCUACCAUGCUUUUGAUGGAUACAUGGAGCAUGCUUUUCCUCAUGAUGAAUUAAGGCCUAUGUCGUGCACAGGAGAGGACACACUUGGUAGUUACGCUUUGACUCUGAUCGACUCUUUGGACACAUUGGCUUUACUUGGCGAUCGUGAACAUUUUGCUGCUUCCGUUGAAUGGAUUGGUAAAAAUCUGCACUUUGAUAUAAACAAGACAGUGUCUGUAUUUGAGACAACAAUCAGAAUCCUUGGAGGUUUGCUGUCUGCACAUCUGAUUGCAAGUGAUUAUGCCACGGGUAUGAGAAUACCUACCUAUGAUGAUCAGUUACUUCAUUUGGCUGAGGAUCUUGCACGAAGACUGCUGCCCGCAUUUGAAACACCUACAGGAAUUCCUUUUGGAUCUGUGAACCUUUUGCAUGGGGUUGAUGAACAUGAAAGCAAGAUCACAUCAACAGCUGGUGGUGGGACAUUGACCUUGGAGUUUGGGAUUCUGAGCCGCUUGACAAAUGAUCCAAUUUUUGAGCAAGUGACGAAGAAUGCUGUCCAUGGGCUGUGGGCACGCCGAUCAAGGCUUAAUUUAGUUGGUGCUCAUAUUAAUGUAUUUACUGGUGAAUGGACUCAGAAGGAUGCGGGAAUAGGGACGAGCAUUGACUCAUUUUAUGAGUAUCUCUUGAAGGCCUAUCUUUUAUUCGGAGAGGAAGAGUAUCUGUACAUCUUUCGAGAAGCUUAUGCUGCUGCCAUGCACUAUCUCUUCAAUGAUCCUUGGUAUGUGGAGGUAAACAUGGAUUCUGCUGCCAUAGUCUGGCCAUUGUUUAAUAGUUUGCAGGCUUUCUGGCCCGGCCUUCAGGUCCUGGCAGGGGAUCUGGAUCCUGCCAUUCGAACUCAAGCUGCCUUCUUCAGCGUCUGGAAAAAAUACGGGUUUACCCCUGAGGGUUUUAACCUUGCCACUCUCAAUGUUCAGCAUGGGCAAAGGAGUUACCCACUGCGUCCCGAGCUAAUCGAGAGUACGUAUUGGCUCUACAAGGCUACUCGAGAUCCCAGGUAUCUCGAUGCUGGACGAGACAUGGUUGCUAGCUUGCAGUAUGGGGCCCGCUGCCCUUGUGGGUACUGCCACAUCUCGGAUGUCGAGACUCACAAUCAAGAAGAUCACAUGGAGAGCUUCUUCCUAGCAGAAACUGUAAAAUAUUUGUGGCUUCUGUUCGAUUUGGCCGCUGGUCCUGAUAACCUCAUUGAAAAUGGUCCAUACAAGUACAUAUUCAGCACUGAAGGACAUUUGUUGCCGAUGACCCCACAAAUAUCCCUGGCACGAGAACACUGCUCAUAUUUGGGGGCUUACUGCAGAAGUGAUGACUUCAGAUGGGAAUCCCGUAAAUCUGGCAUUUCUCCUCAUACUGAGCGAAGUAAUGGGACUUAUAAAUUCUACAGAGCGCAGCCGCUCAUAAAUUACCCCUCUGGGAUAUCUUCGCAUGAUUCUUCACCCGUUUCAGGGAUUAAGGGCCUUUGCCCAGGACUAACACAAGGGCAGAGAUUCGGCUUGUCAUAUUUUUCUGAUUCAACUGAAGAAGCAGAGUACUCAGGCAAGGGAGAAGCUAAUCCGGACCUGAGCCAUUCUACAGUGGUGGUUUUGAGACACGAUACUGAAGAUAAUGAACCAUCUGUCGAUCCCUCUGUCCUGGAAUCAAGUGAUAAACAACCAGACAGCUAUUUGCCCCAAAGAUGACGAAAGAUCAGUCAGUGACAGUCGGUGGAAAUAUUCAUCCAGUGGCCCAAUAGGGGGACCAAAUGCAACCUCUGGAGUUGGCUCCGAGAUGCUAACUCGGAUGAGGUCGGAUGGACCAGGGGAUUGUUGCUUAGGAUUUUCCGUGCUUUAUAGAGAGAUUCAGGCAACAUGGAUAUUAGUCUCGACGGGGCGAGGGACGACGGAAGAUACGGCCCGUGAACGUGUUUCUUGGCCAUCUUGCCCUCGUUAGUUAUAUGUGCCUGUCUGGAUAUUAAAGAUUUUUCGCUGUAUUAUUUUCGAUUAUUUAUGAAAUAGUAUUAUAUUGUUGUCUUUGGAGAAGGUCUUCUGUGGGGGUAGGAUCACAUGAAGCUUUGAUCAUUAGGACAGCUCAAGCGAUCGCCUCAGCCAUAUAUUUGUUUCCAAUAUCUAUUUUUCCUUA